AUGGCAGGCAAUGGCAGCAAUGGGAAUGGUGACAAAGAUGGGCAAAUCACUCUACACUAUCCGAUGUUGACUAGAAGCAAUUACAGUGCAUGGGCAAUUAAGAUGAGGGUCUUUAUGUUGGCUCAAGGUGUCUGGGAUGCAGUAGAACCCAGAACAGCCAACACUCUCGUUGAAACAAAGAAGGAUAACAUGGCAUUGGCUGCCAUUUAUCAGGGAAUACCGGAGGACCUGCUCAUGACAUUAGCGGAGAAGAAGACUGCCAAAGAAGCUUGGGAAGCCCUCAAAGUUAUGUUUGUAGCAGCUGAUAGAGUGAAGGUUGCCAGGAUCCAAACACUCAAGGCUGAACUAGAGGCCAUGAGCAUGAAAGAAACACAGAAUAUUGAUGACUUCACGGGAAAAGUAAUUAACACAGUCAGCAUGUUACGAACCUUGGGAGACAAGGUAGAAGAAUCAAAGGUUGUGAAGAAGUUACUCAGGGCAGUGUCGUCCAAAUUCCUUCAGAUUGCCUCAACACUCGAGCAAUUUGGAGAUUUGGAGUCAAUGUUCGUUGAAAAGGUGAUCGGAAGACUCAAAGCAUAUGAAGAACGCAUGAAAAGCUCAGGUGAAAGUGAUGAUCAGAAGUUGCUACUAACUUACAAAGAAUGGUCCAAUCGAAACAAAAAGAAGCUAGAAGGUGACUCAAAGCAAAUAUCAAGUCGUAGCGGAUCGGGUGGCAUACGUGGUGGUCGUGGCAGAGGUAGAGGGAGAAACGGUGGAAGUCGUGGUGGUCGCGGUGGCAGAGGCGGAACACAUCACCACAAGGAAGGCAAUUCCUGCGCAUCGAGUAGCCGUGACAAAAGUAAUAUUUAG